AUGCCGCAGCUGCUGCUGCUGCCGCGGACGCGGCCGGGGCCGCUGCUGCUGCUGCUGGAGUGGAGGGCGGGCUGGCUGCCUGGCUGGCUGGACCGCUGCUGCUGGAGGGGUGGCUGGCUGCUACAGGCUGGACCGCUGCUGCUGGAGGGGUGGCUGGCUGCUACAGGCUGGACCGCUGCUGCUGGAGGGGUGGCUGGCUGCUACAGGCUGGACCGCUGCUGCUGGAGGGGUGGCUGGCUGCUACAGGCUGGACCGCUGAUGCUGGAGGGGUGGCUGGCUGCUACAGGCUGGACCGCUGCUGGUGGAGGGGUGGCUGGCUGCUACGGGCUGGACCGCUGCUGCUGGAGGGGUGGCUGGCUGCUACAGGCUGGACCGCUGCUGCUGGAGGGGUGGCUGGCUGCUACAGGCUGGACCGCUGAUGCUGGAGGGGUGGCUGGCUGCUACAGGCUGGACCGCUGCUGCUGGAGGGGUGGCUGGCUGCUACAGGCUGGACCGCUGCUGCUGGAGGGGUGGCUGGCUGCUACAGGCUGGACCGCUGCUGCUGGAGGGGUGGCUGGCUGCUACAGGCUGGACCGCUGA